AUGACCAGGUUCGUUUUUCCUCUGAUGAUUGUAGUGCUGGUAAUGCUGCUGGCAUCGCCGGCGGGGUCGUCGGCGCGGCGGCUUGAAGGCGACACAUGGGCCGGUGAGGUCGCCUCCGGUGACCAUCCUGUCAUACAGUCUAUCAAAAACCUGUAUCUGCAGCAACUGAGUGAUAGUGGUGCAGGUCCCUCCUGCGAGAGUAAUAACCCACACAUUCCGCCAUGCCGCCAUCAUGGUUGA